AUGUUGCUGCUCCUGCUUCUCCUGCUGCUGCCUCACACAGCCUGUGAGAGAGAAGAGUGUCCCUGGAACCUCCUGGGUGAUGGAGCACUCCUGUAUCACCGGCCAGGAGACUACCUGCUGAGUGGAGUCAUUUCUUCCCAGUUUUUCCAGCAGCAGCAGCCGUACACCUUUUUGGAGUCCCCCUUGAGCAGGGUUGAAUGCAUCUACGAGAGCCAUUUCGAUGCCAGAACGACUUCCUAUGCCAUGCUGGGCCUGCCUGCUGAUGGGAGAAGACACCUUCCCAACUACAGCUGUGGGCGAAAGAGGAAGCCACUGGUCAUUCUGGAAGGGAGUGAACCUCAUCUCUCCAUCCUUAUUUCGGCCAUGUCAGGCAUCUACAAGAUCCCACAGACCAUACCUCGUUCUAGAUGUGUGGAGAGCUGUCAUCCUGGCUUUGUCAAGGAGGUCCAGGAAGGGAAGCCACCCUGCUGCUAUGCUUGCACUCCAUGUGCAGUGGGGACCAUCUCCACUGAGGAAGAUGCAGAGCACUGCAGAAGGUGUCCAGAAGAUCAGCACCCAAACCAGGACCGAGACCAAUGCAUCCCCAAGGAGAUCACCUUCCUGUCCUAUGUGGAACCUUUGGGAAUUGUCCUAGCUUCCUUUGCCCUAAUCUCUUCUUUAUCCUCACUUGUGGUGUUAGGGAUCUACAUUGUAUACCGAGACACUCCAUUGGUCAGGGCCAACAACCGGGACCUCUCCUAUGUUCUCCUGGUCUCCCUCCUGUUCUCCUUCUUGUCCUCCUUCCUGUUCAUCAGCGAGCCCAGCAAAGUGACUUGCCUGCUGCGACAAACAGCCUUCAGCGUCAUCUUCUCAGUGGCUGUUUCUUCGGUGCUGGCCAAAACCAUCACUGUGGUGCUGGCCUUCCUGGCCACCAAGCCAGGGAACAGAGUGAAGAGGUGGCUGGGGAGGAGUCUGGCCAGCUCUAUUGUCAUUUCUUGUUCCAGUGUGCAGAUUGUCAUCUGCUGCAUUUGGAUGGGCAUGGCUCCCCCUUUCCCUGACUCAGACAUGCAUUCACUGCCUGGAGAGAUCAUUCUGCAAUGCAAUGAGGGCUCUGUGGCCAUGUUCUAUGCUGCCCUCAGCUACAUGGGUUUCCUGGCUGCCAUCUGCUUCACGGUGGCUUUCCUUGCCAGGAAGCUGCCUGGGGCCUUCAAUGAAGCCAAGCUGAUCACCUUCAGCAUGCUGGUCUUCUGCAGUGUCUGGGUCUCCUUCCUUCCCACCUAUCUGAGCAUGAAGGGGAAAUAUACAGUGGCUGUGCAGGUCUUCUCCAUCCUGGCCUCUAGUUCUGUGUUGCUGGGUUGCAUCUUUCUUCCCAAAUGUUACAUUACUGUCCUGAGGCCUGAACUGAAUACGAAGGAACAGCUCAUGAUCAAAAGGACAGAUAGCAUCUGA